GCGGGACCGGGAGCGGGACCGGGACCAGGAGCCGGGGCAUGGUCGGGGGGUCGGUCCCGGGCUCGGCGCGGGGGUCGCAGCCAUGCUGAGCCGCCUGGGUGCUCUGCUGCAACAAGCGGUGGAGACGCGGGAACCCAGCGUGGAUUUGCUGGAAGCCUUCACCGAGCACUGGAAAGGAAUCACCGGCUACUACCUGGAGGCCACGGAUGAGAGCAUCCCAGCCAGGCAGACAGACAUCCCCUGGCACCUCAAGCAGAUGUUGGACAUCCUGGUGUACGAGGAGAAGCAGAGCUCAGAGGGGGAAGCUGGGCCCUGCCUGGAGUACCUGCUGCAGCACAAGGUCCUGGAGACCCUCAGCACCUUGGGAAAGGCAGAGUACCCCCCUGGGAUGAGGCAGCAGGUCCUCCUCUUCUUCAGCCGGGUGCUGGGGCAGGUGCAGCACCCACUCCUCCACUACCUCAACGUGUACAGGCCAGUGCAGAAGCUUCUCCAGCUCAGCGGGGACCGCCUGGGCUCUAGCACGGAGAAGGAGGAGGUGCAGUUUGCUGCUGUCCUCUGCACCAAGAUCAAGCAGGAUCCCACCCUGCUGGCCUACAUCCUGGAGGGCAAGAACAUCCUGAACGGGAGGAGAGCCCAGGAGCUGCCAGCCAGCCCUGUGGAAAAGGGUGCAGAGCAACCCCCAGACACCCCUGUGGCUGAGCCCUCCCCACCAAGGAGGGACAGCAACCUGGUCACAUCCUUGGUGGGACUCUGCAAGAGCCAGAAGAGCAAGGUUGCCCUGAAGGCUCGGGAGAACCUGCUGCUCCUUGUGGGGCUUGCCCAGGAGGCAGCUGCUGCCUGCCUGGUGCGGAGCAGCACCCUGUGCCAGCUGCUGACAGAACAUCUCUGUGACCUCUACAGCGCCGUGCCCACCGGCACCCACCCCACUGAUGUCCUCACCCUGGAGAAGGCCAGCUGGAGGUCACAGGACUGUGCUGCUGGUGAUGGGGUUUUCCCAGGAAAGGAGAGCCUGGCUGCCUUCUUCAGCUGGCUGGACUACCUGGAUGAGCUGGUGAUGGGUGCCCACCCGGUCGUGGCAGAUGCCAUCACUGAAGCUGUGGAGGAGAAGUUUUUCCAGGGCAUCCUGCAGCCACAGCUCCUGCAGGUCAGCUCAGAGCUCACUGUGCUCAGCACCACGGCCGUGCUGACGGGCACCGUGCGCCAGCUCCGCGCCUCCCCCCUGCUCCACCACCUCAUCCUCUUCCUGCUGGGACCAGACAGGCACCCCGAGACCCCCGGGGACACCCCCCACCCUCUGCGUGCCCAGCUCAUCGACCGCUGCAACCACCUCUCUGAUGAGAUCAGCCUGGCCAGCCUGAAGCUCUUCGAGGAGCUCCUGCAGAAGCCCCACGAGCACGUGGCACACAGCCUGGUGCUGAGGAACCUGGAGGCCAGGGGCUACCUGCUCCGUGGCCCCCCCGUGCCAGAGGAACGUGGACCCUCCGAGCUGGACCCCGAUGAGGACGUGCUGGACCUGGAGGAGGAUCCUUAUUUCACUGAUGGGUUCCCAGACACUGGCUUUGGGACAGCACAAAAGCCUCUGCCAGGAUCAGCCCCCUCGGGGAAGGGGCAAGUGAGCGAGGUGGUCAGCAGCUUCCUCUGCCUGGUCCCUGAGGAGGCCAAGACUUCCUCCUGCAUGGAAGAAGGUGGCUAUGACACCUAUGUCCAUGAUGCCCUGGGCAUGGUCCAGGCAUGCCGUGCCAGUGCAGCCCCCUGGGGGUGGCCCCCAGCCCCCCGGCCCCUCGACACCUGCCACCCCGAGGUGACAUUUUAUGAGGGUCAUUUCCUCAAGGUGCUGUUUGACCGGAUGAGCCAGAUCCUGGACCAGCCCUACAGCCUGAACCUGCAGGUGACCUCGGUGCUGUCCCACCUGGCUGCUUUCCCCCAUCCCCACCUCCACGAGUACCUGCUGGACCCCUACCUCAACCUGGCCCCCGGCUGCCGCUCGCUCUUCUCCGUCCUCGUCAGGGUGAUCGGGGACCUGAUGCAGAGGCUGCAGAGGGUGCCCCAUUUCAGGGCCAAGCUGCUCCUGGUGCGUCGGCAGCUGCUGGGGCUGGUGCCUGGAGAGCAGAUGGACCACACGAUGCUCUUCAAGGGGGUGGUGGUGCUGGAGGAGUUCUGCAAGGAGCUGGCUGCUCUCGCCCUGGUCAAGGGGCCACCAGAGGGACCCCCCUGAGUUGUGGCUCCCCGGGCACCCCCUUUUUUCAGCCAGGCCACCCGGGGAUGGUCCAACCAGCCUCCAGUGGUCCCGUUUGGACUGGCAUGUCCCCCAUGGUGGUGGCACCCCAGGAAGGACACCUGCCCUUGCAGUGCCCAGUGAGGAGGAAGAGGAGGCUCAGAGUCCUUCACCACCACCUUGGCCAACCUGGGGUUGGCAGGGGUGGGGGGGGGGGGGGUGAUGCCACCUCCCCAGUGCUGGAUGUGACCCCUCGAGGUGCAAAGUGACCCAUGCUGCAUUUCCUCCUGGGUGGUGGGUUCCCUGGGCUCCCCCCUGCCCUGUGUUGGAGCUGCCUCAAGCCCCCACUGACCUCAAGCAGGACUUAGGGGGGUUUUUUUUUGGCAAUAAUGGGUGCUGUCCCAUCUGGGACACCCCCUCAAUCAUCCCCCCCAGCUCUGGGGGCACGAGCUGCGUGUGUCUGUGUGUCUGUGGCUCCCACCUGGCAGGGCUGGUGCACCCCAACCCCUGCCACCCCCUUGCCCCCUGGGUGAUGGGACUCUGCUGCAAUAAAGCCCUGAGAGCUCA